CUGUUUGUUUGUUUGUUUGUUUGUUCUCUCUCUCUCUCAAAAUUUAUAUAUGUUCGUCGUCUUCUCAAAAUCUUCCCUUUUUACUGUAAUUUCUUCUCUUUUUGAAAUCUUUCUUCUUCUUCUUCUUCUUCUUCCAUUCUUCUUCCCGUAAAUCGCCCCCCAUUCCCUUUCUUCUUCCAUUUGUCAAUUUCAAAUCCAAAUCCAAAACCCCUUUUCUCUUUUUCAUCUCAAAUCUCCUUCUUUUAUGGAGAACGAAGCCGCCACCACCACUACCGCCACCAAACUUGGUUCUGAUGGAGUCAAGCCAACCCCCGCCGCCUCCUCCGAUAAUGAUCAAAACCCCAAUUCCAAUUCCAAUUCUAAUUCCAAUCCACCCCCUACCUCUGUUUCUGACCCCCAGAAUGACACUACUGGAUCCGACUCCACCUCCCUUCAAACCCCUUCUCGCCACUCCUCUAGAACUCCCUUCACUAAUCUCACCCAGGUCGAUGCGGACCUUGCCCUCGCUCGUACCCUUCAAGAACAGGAAAGGGCAUAUCUGAUGCUUAGAAUGACAAGUGAGGGGAGUGAUUUUGGAAGUUGGGAAGCUGGAAGUUAUGUAUUAGAUGAUGAGGAUGGUUUUGGUGAUCCCCAUGAUCAUACAGAAUCUGAUGGGGAUGAUGAUGAGUUUGAUGGAACAGAUGUCAAUGAUGAAGACGAUGUGUUUGAUGUGCACGCACAUGAAGAUGGUGGAGAGCAUAACAACUCCAACUUUGAACUUGAUCCAGGUAAUUUUUCAAGUGACGAGGCCUAUGCUAGAGCCCUACAAGAUGCUGAAGACAGAGAAAUGGCCGCCAGAUUAUUGGCCCUUGCUGGAUUACAAGAUCAUGACGCAGAUGACACAGAUGAUCAAGGUGAAAACUCCCAGGAUACAUGGGAGGACGUCGACCCAGAUGAACUAUCGUAUGAGGAGUUGCUUGCAUUGGGUGAAGUGGUAGGAACUGAAAGUAGAGGGCUAUCUGCUGAUACAAUUGCUUCUCUACCCUCCAUAAACUUCAAGGCAGGGAGCGAUCAGACUGGAAGCAACGAUUCGUGUGUCAUUUGUCGAUUGGAUUUCGAGGACGGUGAAACCUUGACUGUUCUCUCUUGCAAACACUCCUACCACUCUGACUGCAUAACUAAUUGGUUAAAAAUAAACAAGGUCUGCCCUGUUUGCAGUGCUGAAGUCUCCACAGCUACCGGAAGCAGUUAGUCGUAGCAUGUAGUAUUAUUGAAUGUACUAAACGAAACAUUUUACAUAUAAGUUAAAAUCAAGAAGGAUCUUAAUUUCUGUUUUCAUCAUUUUGGAAGUACCAAUGUCUACGGAAAAUGUGUAUGGUGGGUCAUCGUACAAUCUCAGGUUUCGUUCUGUAAACCAAACCUAGGAAAUUAGUUUUGCCUUGUUCUUGUUCAGCAUAUAUGAAUCUAUUUUUUUUCCU